AUGAAGCUCCCCGACGAGGUCGGCGGCUACACGGGCCUGCUGCCGCUCGACAAGCCGCCGAGCGAGGGCGGCAGCGGCAGCGGCGGGCUCGGCUGGGCCGGGUACCGCGGGUGGGUGUACAAGGCGUGGAAGGAGGGCGAGGGCAGGUGCUACAUGCUCCGCAGGAUCGAGGGCUUCCGCUUGCAGCACGAGGCGGCAAUAGCGGCGGUCGAGAAGUGGACCCGUGUGCGGCAUCCCGGGCUCGUCGGCGUCCGCGAGGCGUUCACGACCCGCGCUUUCGGCGACCAAUCCGUUAUCUUCGUGUACGACUUCCACCCGUGCUCGCAGACCCUGUACGAGGCGCACCUGUCGCCGCUCGCGACCUUGCCGCCCAACCCGUGGUCGACCCCGCUCACGCACCACGCCCAUCACGGCGGCGCCGCCGCACACGCCGCCCCGUACCGCUCAGCCGCACGACCCGCCCUCCCGAGCACCGCCGGCGGCCCAGGAGGAGGAGCAGGUGGCGCCGGCACGAGCCCGGUCCUGCCCGAGCGCGUCCUGUGGAGCUACGUCGUCCAGAUCGCGUCGGCGCUCAAGUGCGUGCACAACAGCGCGCUCGCCGUGCGCACUAUCGACGUCAGCCGCAUCCUCGUCACGGGCAAGAACCGCGUCCGGCUCGGCGGCGCUGGCGUCCUCGACUGCUUGACGUGGGACGGCGGCCAAAGCAUCCCGGCGCACCAACAAGACGACCUCCUCUCGUUCGGCAAGCUCAUCAUCGCGCUCGCGUGCGGCUCGACGUCGGCCGUGCACAACCUGCCCAAGAGCGUCGACCACAUCUCGCGCAUGUACUCGCCCGACCUCAAGAACGUCGUCCUGUACCUCUUGAGCAAACCCGGGCCUCGCAAGACGAUCGAGGAGGUCCUGGUCCUCAUGGGCCCGCGGGUCGUCGACGAGCUCAACUCGAGCCUCGUUGCCGAGGACACGAUCGAGCACGAGCUUAUGCGCGAGCUCGAGAACGGCCGGCUCGUCCGCCUCUUGGCCAAGUUUGGCUUCAUCAACGAGCGUCCCGAGUUCGACCACGACCCGCGUUGGGCCGAGACGGGCGACCGGUACCUGAUCAAGCUCUUCCGCGACUACGUCUUUCACCAGGUGGAUGAGACGGGCCGCCCUGUCACCGACCUGAGCCACGUCUUGACGGCGCUCAACAAGCUCGACGCCGGCGUCGACGAGAAGCUCAUGCUCGUGUCGCGGGACGAGCAGAGCUGCCUCAUCGUCAGCUACCGCGAGAUCAAGAACUGCGUCGAGAGCGCCUUUGCCGACCUGUCACGCAGCUGAGACUCGCCCACCCGUGUAUCGUGGAGGCAUCCUGCAUCACUGCAUCGUUCACCAUGCUC